UGGAUAUGUCCGCAACUCAAGACAUCAAUUCUCCAUCCCUCCACACACCUAUCUCGCCCCCGCAACGCGAUAACGUCUCCUGAAUCACGAUAUUAUCUAUUAAAUUAAUUCCGACAAUAAUCAUAAUGUUUUCUCGCUUCCCUCUACUCACCGCAGCCGCAGGCCUCCUGUCGGUGGCUACUGCUCUCCCCGCCUACUCGGGUUCCUCAUUGAGUGCCCGCGACGACACCCAGUGCCCCGUCGGCACCGCCUACUACGUCUGCUACAUCAAUGACUUCCGAGGCUGUUGCUCGGUUGACCCUUGCGCCAUGAAGGAAGGGUGCCCGGAUAACAAACCACAACCUGAGGAACCCGAGACCUGCCAGCCCGGAAAGAAGACCCAGGUCUUCCAGCCCAAGAUGAAAACCCUGCAGGAGGGCAAGCCGCCCGUCUCGACCCCGAAUUUUCACAUCCUGAAGUCGGCGACCGAAGAACAGCAGCAGACCAUGGCCUUCGACUUGCCCCAGGAAGCCAAAGAAUGCACGCUCACAUGGGUCGUGCCCGAAAAGAGCAAGCGGACGUUCCGGGCUGGCAGCAACGCCCUGGUGGAUGUGUACAGUGUGGGCGAGAACGCGGAGAGAGUCGGACAGGCGGAAUUCUCAUUCUGGCCGGACUUGGAGGAAGGCCACGAGGCGGUGGUGGGCAGCAUGGACUGCCAGCAGGCGCGGAAUCUCCGCGUGGAGCUGGUGAAAAAUGACGAGGUCUAUAUCGAACAGAACAGCUACACCGGAUGGGCGAUCGAAUAUACUUGCUGAGGGAAAUGCGAGGGAUAUAAUGAGUGACGACGUACUAAUCUGCUGCCUGUUCGGCAGCCUAAUGGGUCUGGAUGACGAUUCAUGUAAUCAGUUUUGAUGAUCAUUCUUUUGUAUUUAGGGAUUUUUAAUUUUCUUUCUUUCUUUUCUUCUAAUAUCGAUUGAGUUCAACACUCGCUUCAUAGCAAUAUUCAUUACAGUCUGCUUUUUCGUUGACCUACACCUGCAGAUGGAUUUACGUGCUCUUCAAUACCCUGUUGCCUACUACAUUGGACAUCAUGACCAUCGGGUCCGUUGCUGGGGCUGCUUUUGUGGAGAAUAGCACUGCAUAAGCUUCAGCAGAUGCAACACUGUCAGUCGCAAGGGGCGAUCGACUCUAGCAGAAGGUUAGCACAACUUGGCUUUGAGUAUCAAGCGCCACCAAAUCCACGGAAACAUGACAAGAGUGGGGUGUUCU